CAAAAAAGUGGGCGCAGUAAAAACUGGAGGGAGCUGCUGAAGCUGCCCCCCGUCAGCCAGUGCGUUGAGCUCAGGCGCUCCAUCGAGCUCAGCAGCCCUGCUACCCCAGAUGCCCCUGCAUGCCGUGAGAGAGUGCCAGCUGCAGCUGAAGGGCACGCCCCCCAAAGAGGUCUUCGGGGAGUGCACCAGGGCUGUCCACGGCUACUUAAGUGGGAAACCGUUUGAAGAAUACCAAGAUAGCCCAUACUUUUCUCGAUUCUUGCAGUGGAAAUGGCUGGAAAGGCAACCAGUGACAAAGAAAACGUUUAAACAGUACAGAGUCCUGGGAAAAGGCGGGUUUGGGGAGGUUUGUGCCUGUCAAGUGAGAGCUACGGGGAAAAUGUACGCCUGUAAAAAGUUAGAAAAGAAAAGGAUAAAGAGGAGGAAGGGGGAAGCCAUGGCGCUGAACGAGAAGAGAAUCCUGGAGAAAGUGCACAGCCGGUUUGUCGUGGGCCUGUGCUACACGUACGAGACCAAGGACUGCCUGUGCCUGGUGCUCACCCUCAUGAACGGAGGGGACCUGAAGUUCCACAUCUGCAACCUGGGCGGCCCGGGCCUGGACGAGCGGAGGGCCGUGUUCUAUGCGGCGGAGCUGUGCUGCGGCCUGGAGGACUUGCAGAGGGAGAGGAUCGUGUACAGAGACUUAAAGCCUGAGAACAUCCUGCUCGAUGACCUCGGACAUAUCCGGAUUUCUGAUCUUGGUUUGGCCUUGGAGGUCCCAGAAGGGGAGAUGGUUCGAGGAAGAGUCGGCACGGUGGGCUACAUGGCUCCUGAAGUUAUCAAUAAUGAAAACUACGCAUUUAGUCCUGACUGGUGGGGACUUGGCUGUCUGAUGUAUGAAAUGAUUCAGGGACACUCUCCGUUCAGAAAAUUCAAAGAGAAGGUCCAGCGGGAGGAGGUGGAGCGGCGCGUGAAGACGGACACCGAGGAGUACUCCGAGAAGUUUUCGGAGGACGCCAAGUCCGUCUGCAGGAUGUUACUCACCAAGAAUCCCAAGCAGCGCCUGGGCUGCAGGGGUGACGGCGCAGCCGGGGUGAAACAGCACCCCGUGUUCAAGGACAUUAACUUCAACAGGCUGGAGGUGCACAUGGCAGAGCCCCCGUUCCGCCCUGACCCACACGCGGUUUACUGUAAGGACAUCCUGGACAUCCGGCGGUUCUCUACGGUGAAAGGCAUCUCCCUGGAUACCUCGGACCAAGCCUUCUACAGCCAGUUUGUUACGGGGCGUGUCUCCAUCCCCUGGCAGAAUGAGAUGAUUGAGUCCGAAUGUUUCAAGGACAUCAACGAAAGUGAAAAUGAAGAAGCCGAGUCAUUCCACGUAGCAGACAAAACCUGUCAGCCGGCUGCCAAGCGAAAGAGAGGCCUGUGCAGAUUCCUCAGGAGAAUAAUGGGCUGCAUCCCUGGAGCCGGUGAGAAGGCAGAGCUGCCCGCAGGACUGUGACGUUCAACACGCAGAGCCUGACCCCAAAGCCCAGGAGCUUUUGACUCAGUAUCCAUCCUUCCUGUGAACUGCAGUAAACAGGUGUGAUACAUCUUAAACCAUGCCUAUGAAUCUACAGACCGUUUUACAUUAAUAGCCAAAUUGUCUUUUUACUAGAGCUGGACUGAAGGAAAAAAACCACCCCAGGACUGCAGUGGUGUCUAGAAACC